CACCCUUGUGUCGAGGUAGUUUCAUUUAUCCACAGUCAGUAUCGUAUUAGACGUGCAACGGUUCAAAUGUUUAAAUCAGAAAACCGUUCGGAAUAAAUUUUCAAAAAAUUCUUGCCAGGAAACGGAAGUGAUUGAUCGGAAAUUGUCUUUUAACGGAAAUCACAGUCCGAAUGUUUUUUCGAUUUGUUUUUCUUUAAAAAACAAAUAAAAUAUCGGAAGUAUGGAUUUUGAUGACGUACUUAACGAAGUCGGUUCCUUUGGAUUGUAUCAAAAGCUUAUUAUCUGUGCUGUGCUCCUGCCAGCGGCGAUACCGUGCGCGUUUCAUGCUUACAGCCAGCUAUUUAUAGCUGCUAUUCCCGAACACUGGUGCCGUAUUCCAGAACUUGAACCAUGGACAAAGGAUUACGGCGAAUUAGUGAAGAAUCUCAGCAUUCCCGUGGAGAUAGUAGAUGACACGCUUAAAUAUUCCGAGUGUAAGAUGUAUGCUCGAAAUUAUAGCGAAAUUGUAAGAUAUCUGGAAUACAGGACACCCUAUGACUUGGCUUUGGAUAAAGUCUGGGACAUUGGUGAUCCUCGAGGAGGAAGAGUUAUUGAUUGUCGAAAUGGUUGGCAUUAUGACACUGGGAUGUAUCCCAAUACAGUUGUAUCUGAGUGGGAUCUUGUAUGUGAAAACAAUUUUUACAUUACUUUGGGAUUAUCGGUGUUUGGAAUAGCUGGACUUGUGGGAAAUUAUAUAUUUGGAUAUUUGCAAGAUAUUUGGGGCAGACGACCCUCAUUUUACUUGUAUUUAAUGAUUGAGAUAUUGGCUUGUGCUGGAAGUGCUUUCGCUUGGGAUUACUAUUCAUGGUUGGGAAUGAGAUUUAUUGUGGGAUUGACAGUGCCAGCUAUACUUUCAAGUCCUUAUGUUUUAGCAAUUGAACUUGUGGGCCCCGAAAAGAGAGUUUUCUGUACAAUAGUGUCAAAUAUUGCCUAUUCAUUUGGUCUAACAUUUUUAGCUGGAGUCGUAUAUCUAGUCCGAGAUUGGAGAUUUCUCAGUUUGGCAGUAUCUUUGCCACUUUUGCUUUUGUUUUCCUGUUUCUUUGUACUUCCAGAAUCACCAAGAUGGUUAGCUGCAUUUGGCAAAACUAAAGAAGCUGCAAAAGUUCUCAAGACAAUUGCACGCGUUAACGGUAAGGAAAUACCAACAGGUUAUACAGCUGAACUGACACAAAAGCUAACGCAAUCCACAACUGCCCAUAAAAAGGGAUCAUCUCAUGGAAUAAUGGAUCUUUUUCGUUCGCCAAACCUCAGAAAGAAAACAAUUAUAAUAACAUUUAUAUGGUUUACCAAUACAAGCGUGUAUGUGGGUCUGAGCUAUUAUGCUCCGGCCUUAGGUGGAGAUGAAAUUUGGAAUUUCUUCCUUGCUGGAGCUGUUGAAUUACCAACUUAUCUUAUUCUAUGGCCGGGACUUCAUUUCUUUGGAAGACGUUGGGUUCUAUGUCUUUCAAUGCUAACAGGUGGUAUUGCAUGCAUCACAACAUUCCUUUACGCCAAGGAUCAUUUGAUAAUGAUAAUUUUAUACUGCAUUGGAAAGAUGGGGAUUUCCUCUUCGUACGUUGUAUUGCCACUACUUGCAUCCGAGCUGUAUCCGACAGUUGUUCGAGGUCUAGGAAUGAGCUUUAGUGGUGUAAUUGCAAUGAUUGGACCAAUUUUAAUUCCAAUUAUAAAUCAUAUGGGUGAACAUAUGCUUGUGCUGCCUUUGAUUGUGAUGGGUGCUUUGUUGGUCGUUGGGGGACUUGCAACAUUAUUACUGCCAGAAACUAAAGGGAAGAAUCUUCCUCAAACAUUGGAAGAAGGUGAAACUGUACCAUUAAAGAGUAUGUUUUCUUGUUGUCAAGCUUCACCAAGAAGACAUUCUAUACCUUUGCGAAGAGACUCGGUGAGACCAGGAAGAAAUGUUUGUAGUGUUUGUAAAAAUGAAAUAAAGAAUUCGAGAAGAUAGAUUUUUAAGUUGAUACACUUGUUGUGAA